GGAGACCGCAGCCUAUGGGAAGGAGGUUGACAUCACGCGCCAAUCGGCAUGGCUUUUAGAGAAAGAGGCUCACUUUUUGAAUUGGUUGUGGCUGACACCCGCGAGGAAUGGCGGUACCAGUAAGGGGAAUCAGUGCUUGAACAGGUGGACUUCCGAGGCGUUUUUUGAGAGUGCCAACGUAGAAGAGUACUAACAAUGGCUGACAAUAGUGUAUUAACAUCUACUACUGGGAGGACAAGCUUGGCAGACUCCUCUAUUUUUGAUUCUAAAAUUACUGAAAUUUCUAAGGAAAAUGUCUUUAUUGGAUCUGCUUCAUAUGUUGAAGAAGAAAUGCCUCAAAUUGAAACGAGACUGAUAUUGGUUCAGGAAGCUGGAAAACAAGAAGAACUUAUAAAAGCUUUAAAGACUAUUAAAAUAAUGGAAGUCCCUGUUAUAAAGAUAAGAGAAAGUUGUCCUGGAAAGUCGGAUGAAAAAUUAAUAAAAAGUGUUGUUAAUAUGGAAAUUAAAGUGCCCUUUGUAAAGAUGGAAUCACUGGAAGAAUUUGAAAGUUUGGAUUCUCCAGAAUUUGAAAAUGUAUUCAUAGUCAUGGACUUCCAGGAUUCUGUUUUUAAUGAGUUACACAAGACUGAUUAUAGAAUUAUCGGACCACCAGUUAUCUUAAACUGUGCCCAAAAAGGAGAGCCUUUGCCUUUUUCAUGUCGCCCACUCUAUUGUACAAGCAUGAUGAAUCUAGUACUAUGCUUUACUGGAUUCAGGAAAAAAGAAGAACUAGUCAGAUUGGUGACAUUGGUUCAUCACAUGGGUGGAGUUAUUCGAAAAGACUUUAAUUCAAAAGUUACACAUUUGGUGGCAAAUUGUACACAAGGAGAAAAAUUCAGGAUUGCUGUGAGCCUGGGCACUCCAAUUAUGAAGUCAGAAUGGAUUUAUAAAGCUUGGGAAAGGCGGAAUGAACAGGAUUUCUGUGCAUCAGUUGAUGACUUUAGAAAUGAAUUUAAAGUUCCUCCAUUUCAAGAUUGCAUUUUAAGUUUCUUGGGAUUUUCGGAUGAAGAAAAAACCAAUAUGGAAGAAAUGACUAAAAUGCAAGGAGGUAACUGUUUACCCGUUGGAGAUGAAAGCUGCACUCACCUUGUAGUUGAAGAGAAUGUAGUAAAAGAACUUCCAUUUGAACCUUCGAAGAAACUUUAUGUUGUCAAGCAGGAGUGGUUCUGGGGAAGCAUUCAAAUGGAUGCCCGAGCUGGAGAAACUAUGUAUUUAUAUGAAAAGGCUAAUACUCCUGAGCUCAAGAAAUCAGUGUCACUGCUUUCUCUAAAUACCCCAAACAGCAAUCGCAAAAGACGUCGUUUAAAAGAGACACUUGCUCAGCUUUCAAGAGAGACAGACAUGUCACCUUUUCCUCCCCGUAAGCGCCCAUCAGCUGAACAUUCCCUUUCUAUAGGGUCACUUCUAGAUAUCUCCAACACACCAGAGUCUAGCAUUAACUAUGGAGAAACACCGAAGUCUUGUACUAAGUCUUCUAAAAAUUCUACUCCGGUUCCUUCGAAACAGUCAGCCAGGUGGCAAGUUGCAAAAGAACUUUAUCAAACUGAAAGUAAUUACGUAAAUAUAUUGGCCACAAUUAUUCAGUUAUUUCAAGUACCAUUGGAAGAGGAAGGACAACGUGGUGGGCCUAUCCUUGCACCAGAAGAGAUUAAGACUAUUUUUGGUAGUAUCCCUGAUAUCUUUGAUGUGCACACAAAGAUAAAGGAUGAUCUUGAAGACCUUAUUGUUAAUUGGGAUGAGAGCAAAAGCAUUGGUGACAUCUUUCUCAAAUAUUCAAAAGAUUUGGUAAAAACCUACCCUCCCUUUGUAAACUUCUUUGAAAUGAGCAAGGAAACAAUUAUUAAAUGUGAAAAACAGAAACCAAGAUUUCAUGCUUUUCUGAAGAUAAACCAAGCUAAACCAGAAUGUGGACGGCAGAGCCUUGUUGAACUUCUCAUUCGACCAGUACAGAGGUUACCCAGUGUUGCGUUACUUUUAAAUGAUCUUAAGAAGCAUACAGCCGAAGAAAAUCCUGACAAAAGCACUCUAGAAAAAGCUAUUGGAUCAUUAAAGGAAGUAAUGACCCAUAUUAACGAAGAUAAGAGAAAAACAGAAGCCCAAAAGCAAAUUUUUGAUGUUGUUUAUGAAGUAGAUGGAUGCCCAGCUAAUCUUUUGUCUUCUCACCGAAGCUUAGUCCAACGAGUUGAAACAAUUUCUCUAGGUGAACACCCCUGUGACAGAGGAGAGCAAGUAACUCUCUUUCUCUUCAAUGACUGCCUGGAGAUAGCAAGAAAACGACACAAGGUUAUUGGCACUUUUAGGAGUCCUCCUGGCCAUACCCGACCCCCAGCUUCUCUUAAGCAUAUUCAUCUAAUGCCUCUUUCUCAGAUAAAGAAGGUACUGGACAUAAGAGAAACAGAAGAUUGCCAUAAUGCUUUUGCCUUGCUUGUGAGGCCACCAACAGAGCGGGCAAAUGUGCUGCUCAGUUUCCAGAUCACAUCAGAGGAACUUCCAAAAGAAAACUGGCUAAAGAUGCUAUGUCGACAUGUAGCCAAUACCAUUUGUAAAGCAGACGCUGAGAAUCUUAUUUACAGUGCUGAUCCAGAAUCCUUUGAAGUAAAUACUAAAGAUAUGGAUAGUACACUGAGUAGAGCAUCUAGAGCAAUAAAAAAGACUUCAAAAAAGGUUACAAGAGCAUUCUCUUUCUCAAAAACUCCAAAAAGAGCUCUGCGAAGGGCCCUUAUGACAUCCCAAAGCUCAGUGGAGGGAAGAAGUCCUUCCAGCAAUGACAAGCAUGUAAUGAGUCGUCUUUCUAGCACAUCAUCAUUAGCAGGUAUCCCAUCCCCCUCCCUUGUCAGCCUGCCUUCCUUCUUUGAAAGAAGAAGUCAUACUUUAAGCAGAUCUACAACUCAUUUGAUAUGAAACUUAAAAAAGCUUAAUUUAUAGCAACUUAUAAACACUUCAUACUCAAAUAAGAAACUGACUUAAAUGGUACUUGUCAUUAGCACUUGGUGAAAGCUGGAAAGAAUAUAGGUAACACUAAAUCUAUGUCAUUUAAUUUUCUUCUUGAAAGAGUAAAGUUAACCUCUUACAUAUUUUAAUUCAUGUAAAAAUUAUAUUGAUUUUGAUGUAAUUUUUCUCUUUGCUCAAAUCCUUCAUUCGAAGACCAAUAAUUUAAGUUAUUCAUGAUAUUAGUAGCUUUGCAACUUGACAAUAGUAAAUAAAUUUUAUUGGUGGAUGCCAAAUACUGCUGUGAAUCUCUCUGUAUAGUGUCCAUGAAUGAAUUUUUGGAAAUACCUAUUUGUGUAUCUCAAUUUGUGAAGAAAUUGUGAUAUCAAAGAAUGUACUAGAUAAAACCCCUGCACAGAUUUCUGGUUAGUAGCGGGGACUUGUUUCACAUGUGCUGUUUGAAGUAGUUAUUUAGCUGCUCCUGUUGCAAUUUAUUUUAUUCUCAAAUGUCAAGAUCUAGAGUGUGGAUUUUAAAAGAUUUGCCCUUUAGUUAAAGGAGAUGGUUCCAAAAUAUUUUUGCAGAUUGAGAUAAGAACAGAAAGAUUAAAAAAUAAUGUGUAUUUUGACAAACAUGGUAUUGGUGUAUACUUGUAACUUUUUCAGGGGCCAUAUAUUUUGGGUGAUUUUAGCCACUAGCAAGUCUUCAUUUAGUUUGGUAGUGUGAGGAAUUUUAUUUUGAAGGGUAAGACCAUGGGGAAAUUGUGGUAUAGACUGUUACACUCUUUAUGAAAUAAUUCUAAAAUUAGCAUCAGUUUUACUAAUCUGCUGUAAAAUACAUAGAUAUGUGUAUGGUCUACCUUUUAUUUUGGUCCCAUAAUUAAAUGUAAAAUCAAAAUACAUUUAUUUGCUAUUGUAAAAUAUCUUUCAAACCCUGAUGUUAAUUUUCACAAUAGGUUUUUUUUAUAGUCAGUGAUUCAAAAUAAUCAAGUUUCUAUGAACAAAUGAAUUUUUAUUUCCUAUCUGUGUAGGGAGUACUGCAAACAUUUAACUGUCAUUUAACAAUUUUCAGUCAUCUGCUUUAAUACUUUGACUAUAUAGAUUUUUUCUAUGCCACAUAUUUGCCAUUUUUAAAUAGUAAAUCACUCUUUAUUGAUAUAUUUUAAAAGUAGUUGUAUUAGUAAGAACUUUGUAAAUAAAUACUUAAAACUCAAGU